AGUUCCCUGUGCUCGCAAUAGAGUGAGCAGCUCUACACUUGUGCAAUCACCACCACCAACAACAUCUCAACAUCUACUGCUCCUGAGAAAAUAACACUUGACAGAAAUCAUUUACAAAAGCUCGUGAAGAGACAUCUGCGCGGUGCUCGUCGCGCGCUUGGAUACAAUUUCUAAAGGGAUUGAGAUCUCUUUCUGACACUUUUCGAGAGAUUUCAGAAGACUGGAGAUUGAUCGGGACGGAACACCUGUGCGUGCUCAUUAAUGACAGACUGAAGAACUGCUAUGACAGGUAAACUAGCGGACAAGAUCCCUAUUACCAUGAGCAGUUUAAUCAACACCAUACCUGACAGUCUCUAUCCAGAAGAAGACAUUCCCACUUCUAUGAACAUUUUCACAAACCCGGACUCCAUUUCGCACUACUCGCAGAUGAAUACAGAUAACAUCAUGGACUUGGGGAUGGGCGGCGAGAAGGGCAGCGGAGAAAUUCAGUACGGCUCCGGGAGUUUCCAGUCAGGUCGAAGCGGGCAAACCGUCACCUACCUGGGCAAGUUUGCCUUCGACACCCCUCCAUCAGGCAGCAUCGGAGGCUCGGGUUGGUGUCCCGACAACAACAUCAUCAGUCUGGUGAGUGCGGGAAUCCUGGGGGUGUCGCCGUCACCGGGGAACAUCACCACCCAGACGUCUUCGUCGGGCGGCAGCAUGGGCGGCCAGUCGUCAGACAUGGACCAGGUGUAUGCGCCACCCCUGCCCGCCUACUCCACCUGCGGAGAGAUAUACCCGGAACAGGUGUCGUUCCACCACAGCCCCGCCACGUCCUCGUCUUUACCCUACCCGAGCUCCGACUACCACACCACCUCCAAGCCGGGCAUGGACGGGAGUCUCUUUUCCAUGAUCCCAGACUACAACCUCUUCCAUCACCAGGGAGACGUAGGGGUGAUGGAGCACAAGCCCUUCCAAACCAUGGACCCUAUACGAGUUAACCCCCCUCCCAUCACGCCCCUCGAGACCAUUCGAGCCUUUAAGGAUAAGCAACAGAUCCAUCCCAGCUUUCUCGGUGGGCAACAGCACAUUUCCCAACACCACCAACCCUCUCAGACUCUCGCUCUCAAACCGAUCCGACCGAGAAAGUACCCCAACCGGCCGAGCAAAACGCCCGUCCACGAGCGCCCGCACGCCUGUCCGGCGGAAAACUGCGACCGGCGCUUUUCCAGAUCCGACGAGUUGACGCGCCACCUGCGCAUCCACACGGGACACAAACCCUUCCAGUGCCGCAUCUGCAUGCGGUCCUUCAGUCGCAGCGACCACCUGACGACACACAUCCGCACACACACGGGCGAGAAGCCCUUCUCCUGCGAGUUCUGCGGACGCAAGUUUGCACGGAGCGACGAGCGGAAGAGGCACGCCAAGGUGCACCUGAAACAGAAGGACAAGAAACCCACGGACAAGGGGAGUAGCGCCGGGGCCGGGGGGAGCCACACCUCUCCUCCCAGUUCCUGUGGGAGCGCGGGACCCAGCAGUGCCAACAUCAUGACCGUCACCACUUGUGCAUGAGGUGGACUCGCGAAGUAAGACUGCGAGGAGACAAGUUCUCCUCUUAAGUACACUUGACUCUUAAACUCAUUACCCAUCCAUUUGCUACGGUUUCCAUUGAUCACAGUGGCGUGUUUCUGUAGCCACGUUUGUUUUAGGUCAAACGAGUGGGGAAUAAGUGGACUGGCGGUAAAGAUGAUGGUUGAAGCAGUCAGGUCAGAGCACCUCACAAGGGUUCGACUCUCAGCUCCAGAGCAAACUCUUGAGAUUUUAGGCUUUUCAGUUUUGUUUUUCUUGUGUAUUGGUUCGUCAGUGAGUUGUCAGAUAAAAGUGCACUUUCAUUUGCUCAAUGUUUUUUUUUUUAAUGAUUGCUAAUAAUUUAACGUUUCUGCGUUAUUGUUGUUGUUUUUCAACAGAAUGUGCCAAAUUGUUUGUAGUAAUCUAAUAACUUGAUUUCAGACGUUGAGUUUUGAGCUCUGAAGGCUCAAGGAGACUUUAAAAGUCGGUUAAUAUUUGGAAAUCCCGUCUGGAGAAUUAAGGGAUAUGCGAAUGGCGUUUGUUAUCAGCAAUGGACUUUCAGUGCAAUAAAAUAAGAAAAACAACAACAAUAGCAAAACAGUCUGGCUCACUUCCACAAGUUUACUUUGUAGGGAUGAAAUUGUGGCCUUUACCUGUCUCGCUUAAUUUAGUGCGCAAAAGAGCCAAACCCGCAGUUCUGCGAAUCCACUUCAAGCAGAACGAUCCGAUCCAAACAUUUAGCCUUUCUGUUCAUCCAGUACCGUGUCUUUGCUGGAACCGAAAAGAUUGAAGACCCACAGCAAUAUGCAUCCAAUUGAAACCAUGCAGACUAUCAAUGAGAUCUACUUCAUUUUUAUGUGAAAAUUGUCCUGGACAGUCGUGUUUCCUGCUUUCAUCAUCCAAUAUUCUCCAUCGGGUCCCUUUUUAUGCACAUUAUAUAUUCAGCACGCAUUUUAACACACAUGUACAAAAGGUUUUCAAAAAACGAAAUCAGCCAAAACGAUGGUAAUGCUCGCCUGUGGGCAUCACCACUGGGCAGGAUUGAUCUUAGGAGUCAUUGUUUUGCAUUUUCGCCGGCUGAGGCCUGCCUGCUAUAUGCAUGCCAUUCAAGAUGUUUUUGGAUGGGAACAGUUUCGACAUUUAUACUGCUCUCAGGGGCAGACCCGUAAUGUGGUAUCUCCACGGUUACUCAUAUCUGGAUCAUGCCUAGAGAUUCUGAAUUUUAACGAUGAGAACGAGAGAGGGGGUUUUGUACAGAUAAUUAUACAAAAAUAUUACUACAUGUUUUCUACUUGGAAUGUACAAAGCAAUGUCUUUCAGUAUUACAACGUUUGUCUGUGCUCGUGUGUGUGUGUGUGUGUGUGUACGUGUGUGUGUGUGCUAAUGCAUACACAACGCCCGCGUGCUUAGAUUUCACAUUGACUGAAUGUUGAAACAAAAGAUGUGUUUACAUUUUAGUUUUCUUUCUUCUGUUUUUGAGAUUGUGACUGUACAUAGUGCAGAAUGUUUUUAAGUGUGUGUGAGUGUGUGUGUGUGCAGGAAAAAUCGAGUAUUGACUGUGUCAAAUGUGAUGCAUUCUUCAGCAUUUCAUUAAAGUCUCAAAUAUUAACUGUUAUUAAUGCAACAUUGCAAAUGAUGACUUGCGGACACACUGAAUGAUGUGUUUAAUAAAUGAAUAAACAGUAAAAUUAUUUGGUGAAAAAAGCAAAGCAUAAUCUGUGUAUCUCAUUAUCUUAUAAGCAUUUUAAAUAUAUAGCCCCACUUGUUUAACACUUGGCUUACAUUCCCACUCUUGGUAGGCUCUCAACUUCCAAUGGCAGAAUUUAUUUUGUGUUGAAUAAUUAUCACAACAGUGGUGUUUAAGGAUUAUUUUGGAUUCGGAAUAAUUAAACAUACGGAAAUAAUUCGGCCCUUAAUUAUGAAUGCAGCUCCUUAUAGGCAAUACAGAAAAUGUUCAUCAGGUUACGGCUCUUGCAUCCGAGAUAACAAAUAAAUAAAUAAAUGCGGUGUUUAUCUGGGGUGCAAAACCGUAAUGAUAAAAAAAACCAAAUAUUGAUCCAUAAAACUCAUCUACAUACCGCUGAAAUCUGCCGAAAGCUAAACAAGCAUUCUGAACGUAGCCUAUACAUUGGCAUUAUUGUCUUGAAUAAUGCAUCGAAAUGGCAGAAUGUCAGAGUUGUGUACACAAGUUAGUUUGUACCUCUUCACCCGUCUCAAUGUAACUGAAACAUUACAGUGCUUAUGGGUUCCUGAUUGGAGAGUGUAAAUGUUGAGUUAUAUCUGUUCAAGGUCCCUCCUCAGCCUUUUUUAGAGAGAUAUCUUCAUUUCUGAAGCACACAUGCUAUGAGAACUAUUGCUUUUAAGAAAUCAUACAUACAAAAACAGCUUCUGGCUUCUUUUUUUAUAUAUAUAUCUAUCUGUUAUUUUCUUUUUUCUUUCUGUGCCAAGACACAUCAGAAUGCAGGGCCAAACUGCAGCGGUAAAAAUAGCGAAGCAGUUCUUACAGAUCAGAUCCGAUACCCGGUGGAGUUGUGUGCGUGCAUGUGUGUACCUCCAGUUUGAGGAGAGCAUUUUACAUUAGGCACCACUGACAAGAUUCAAAAAGAAAUUCGUUUGACGAUUAGAAUGUGCGCAAAUGUAAAACGCAAUGUCCAUCAUAACUCGGAUUUUAUUAUAUGCUACUACAAGUAGAAGUCUUCCUCAUAAAGUUCUGUGAAGCAACAAGCAAUCGUGACCUCCGGAAAACUUGUGUGUGUUUGUGUUUUGAGCAUGCAUGCAUGCUUGUGUACAUCUGUGCUGAGUGCUUCCAUGUCCAUAUUUUCCUUUGUUUUUUUAAUACGUGAGUCAAUGUCAUUAGAACUGCAGUGUCUAAACAUCAUUUGCACUUAAUCUAGAACUUUGUGAACGUUCACGGAGGAGUCGAUCUGUUUUUUAGGGUAAAUAGAUAUCGUGACGAGUCUCACAACAACACCCCCCUCCUCGUCAUGGUCUCAGCAUGACUGUUCACCGUCCGGCUUUGGAUCAGAGCCAGGAUGAACAGCCUUGUUUGUCCCAAACUUGCAGGCUUGGCUGCCCUGGAACAAUAUGCACAGAGGAGCGAAGAGAGAUGUAAAUGUGACCCUAGUCAGCUCUGAAGCAGGCCCUGUUUCACAACACUGAUUCACUGUUGUUUACCUGAUUAUUUUGUAACUCCCUGUAACCUUCUCAUUAUGGCCGGUCAUUAAAGACACUCAUCAUGAUGCUGUCCACUGCGCUGAUGAUCAGAGACAUCUUCUCUAGAAACAAAAAAAAAAAACAGAAGGGAAAGAAGAAAGUCAUCUGUAUUGAUGCCCAUCCGUUCUCAUAAUGUUUGCGGUUUAUAGUGUGCAAAUAAAUAAUGUUGUGUGGCAGAUAUUUUGGUACCCGUAUUCUUUUUUUUUGUUUUUUUGUUCCUGGACUGUAUCUCUUACUGCAUGUCUUGCAUGUCUCUUUUCAGAUGGAGGCACUUAGAGUUGUUCGUGGUCACUUUUAUGAGUGUGAGAGACACAACCAUGGGAUUUAGCUCAGUAGAAGAAAGGAUCUUUUGAUACGUUUUUACCUCCUGUUACUUCCAUUGCCUUAUAAUAAGGCCCAGUGGUAAAGUCUUUUAAUUGUUCACAAAAUUAAUUGAUGUUAUCCUUGUGUGGAGAGGAAAUGUUCACUCGGCUUCUGAUUUUGUUGUAAAUUCAAUGUUUUCCAGUUGAUGCGUACUUGAAUACACACCUGAAUAAAAUACAACUGAAUCUA